UCUUGACAGUAAUAUAUGUUGUAUAUGUAAAUCCUAGAUAUGACAAUAUGCGGAAUUCAUCCAUGAAAAUGAAAAACAAGGGGGGGGUUGAUAUCGAUGGGACGCAUAACCGGAUAUGCUAAAAUGAAAAUAUGAAAAAAAAAAAGCUAAUGAGAUCGAAAUAAUGAAUCAUAAAUAGAGUUCCAUUUCGGAAUUGGCUAGAUAAAACAAAGUCUUGCCUAUUAUGACAAAUAAAUCAAAGACUUUCCACAAAAAUUUUUUUUAUUCAUAUAUUUUUUAUUUUAAAACUAGGUUUUGGUUAGUUGAGCUUGAAAACGACUAUUCCUUCAUUGAAAUUUAAUUAAGUAAAAAAUUGAAUUGCAUAUUCGCUUGGGUGGUACCAAUGAAAUCGAGUGCUUACUCCCAUUUAUUAUUGAAUUAACCAAUGAAUUUACUAUACGAAGAUUUUUUCUGUAUUCGAAAAAUUUCGCAACAAAAUUGAACAUAUUUUUUAUUAUGAGAAUAAAUCCUACUACUUCGGAUCCAGCGGUUUCAAUACGUGAAAAAAACAACCUGGGACGUAUUGCCCAAAUCAUUGGUCCGGUACUGGAUGUAGCCUUUCCCCCGGGCAAGAUGCCUAAUAUUUACAAUGCUCUGGUGGUUAAGGGUCGAGAUACGCUUGGUCAAGAAAUUAAUGUGACUUGUGAAGUACAGCAAUUAUUAGGAAACAACCGAGUUAGAGCUGUAGCUAUGAGCGCGACCGAGGGUUUAAAGAGAGGGAUGGACGUGGUUGAUAUGGGAAAUCCUCUAAGUGUUCCAGUCGGCGGAGCGACUCUAGGACGAAUUUUCAAUGUACUUGGGGAACCUGUUGAUAAUUUAGGUCCUGUCGAUACUCUCACAACAUCUCCUAUCCAUAAAUCCGCGCCUGCUUUUAUAGACUUAGAUACAACCUUAUCUAUUUUUGAAACAGGAAUUAAAGUAGUAGAUCUUUUGGCCCCUUAUCGUCGUGGGGGAAAAAUCGGACUAUUCGGUGGGGCUGGCGUGGGUAAAACAGUACUAAUUAUGGAAUUGAUCAACAACAUUGCCAAAGCUCAUGGUGGUGUAUCCGUAUUUGGUGGAGUAGGCGAACGAACUCGUGAAGGAAAUGAUCUUUACAUGGAAAUGAAAGAAUCUGGAGUCAUUAAUGAACUAAACCUUGCGGACUCCAAAGUAGCCCUAGUCUACGGUCAGAUGAAUGAACCGCCGGGAGCUCGUAUGAGAGUUGGUCUGACUGCCUUAACUAUGGCAGAAUAUUUCCGAGAUGUUAAUGAGCAAGACGUACUUCUAUUUAUCGACAAUAUCUUCCGUUUUGUACAAGCAGGAUCCGAGGUAUCCGCUUUAUUGGGUAGAAUGCCUUCUGCUGUGGGUUACCAACCCACCCUUAGUACCGAAAUGGGUUCUUUACAAGAAAGAAUUACUUCUACGAAAAAAGGGUCCAUAACCUCUAUUCAAGCAGUUUAUGUACCUGCAGACGAUUUGACUGACCCUGCUCCUGCCACCACAUUUGCACAUUUAGAUGCGACUACCGUACUAUCAAGAGGAUUAGCUGCUAAAGGUAUCUAUCCAGCGGUAGAUCCUUUAGAUUCAACGUCAACUAUGCUACAACCUCGAAUCGUUGGCGAGGAACAUUAUGAAACUGCGCAACAAGUAAAGCAAACUUUACAACGUUACAAGGAGCUUCAGGACAUUAUAGCUAUCCUGGGGUUGGACGAAUUAUCCGAAGAGGAUCGCUUAACCGUCGCAAGAGCACGAAAGAUUGAGCGUUUCUUAUCACAACCUUUUUUCGUAGCAGAAGUAUUUACAGGUUCUCCGGGAAAAUAUGUUGGGCUAGCGGAAACAAUUAGAGGGUUUAAUUUGAUCCUUUCCGGAGAAUUUGAUUCUCUUCCUGAACAGGCCUUUUACUUAGUGGGUAACAUCGAUGAAGCUACUGCGAAGGCUACGAACUUAGAAAUGGAGAAAGUAAAAGAAAUCAUUUUAUCUACUAAUAGUGGACAAAUUGGCGUAUUACCAAAUCACGCGCCGAUUGCCACAGCUGUUGAUAUAGGUAUUUUGAAAAUACGCCUUAAUAACCAAUGGUUAACAAUGGCUCUGAUGGGCGGUUUUGCUAGAAUAGGCAAUAAUGAAAUUACUAUUUUAGUAAAUGAUGCAGAGAAGAAUAGUGACAUUGAUCCACAAGAAGCUCAGCAAACUCUUGAAAUAGCAGAGGCGAACUUGAGAAAAGCUGAAGGCAAGAGACAAACAAUUGAGGCAAAUCUAGCUCUCAGACGAGCUCGGACACGCGUCGAGGCUCUCAAUACGAUUUGAUUUUGUAACUAGCUGACGUAUAAAAAAAUAGGAUCCAAAAGCGAGAAAAAAAAAAAAAAAAGCUGGCUACAAAAACUUAUUAGACACCAUUGAUCAUGGUGUCUAAUAAGUUAUACCUACUAUUGGAUUUGAACCAAUGACUCCUGCCGUAUGAAAGCAAUACUCUAACCACUGAGUUAAGUAGGUUAUUUAUCAUCGUAAAGAGAAGGCACGGGGAUACUUAUCACAUCGAUAGGAUUAUAAAUCCAAUAUUAUUUCUAAGCAAUACCAAUAAACAACGAGAUGAAAGAGAUAUAAUGUUCGAUCAUAUAAUAUUAAUCUUGACAAGAAAUUAUCUACAUGAUAAGAUAAAAUGUGGAUCAUAAACACAAGGGCUAUAGCUCAGUUAGGUAGAGCACCUCGUUUACACGUGCGCCAAAGUUUUUCAGAGGAGUCCAUCACGCAAUCAAACCAAUUGAUUGAUCUUAUUAAUAAAUCGAUGUCUUACUCCAUGACUUUUUUUUAGGAAAAAGAGGAGAACAAUAGCCUGACAUUAGGUCCUAUUAAAGUACCCCAUUUCGGUAGGGAAUUAAUAGAACCCAUCAUUGAUUUGAGAUAUUGAUAGGGUGAAUACCCAGUCUACUUAAUGCUAGGCAGAAUGAGUAUAAGGAACUCAAAAAUGAUCUUUUCGUCCUAUGAACCUUAAGGUGUAGCAAGUUUCAUAUUUGAUUUUUUAAUCAGGAUGUUAGAGACUAUAUUUAACUUAAGUUGAUCUAGACCAAAAGCAAACCUACGUCAAGAGAACCCUUCUUUGAAACACUUUGGUAGUUAUUCUGUAUUGUAUUAGAAUUAUAGAAUUAAAAAAUAAUCAAUCAGAGUACUUGGAACCAUUUCUUAUCUUUUUUUUUUAAGAAAAAAUAUGGUAGACUAACUGAUCUUUCUAUCAGUUAAUGAAAGAGCCCAAUGCAAAAAAAAAUGCAUGUUGGGUCUUUGAAAGAGUUCGAAUCAUUUUGAUAAUAAUAAGUUCGAGCUCUUUUACCGAGCAGGUCUACGGUUCGAAUCCGUAUAGCCCUAACUAAUAAAUUUAUUCUAAUAAAUGACAUUCAAAUCCAAAUAAUUGGAUAAUUUUUGACUUAUUAUUGUAUUCUUUAUUUCUAACUGGUUACUUUCAAUUUGUUGGUUCAUAAAAAAAACUCCCAGACCCUAAACCAUAAGUCCUGGGGGUCGUUCAGAAUAAAACGGAAAACCAAAUUUGAUUUCAGUGGAUCCAAUCACUAUCUAUCGAUAUAUCUAGAUAGAUACUUAUAAUUUAGAAUAAACGUUUUUUAUUCAUUCAUUUUCAUAGUCGUAAGUGGAUUUUUUGAUACGUCAUAAUUUUAAAAACGAAGAUAUUUUUAUCAAUUUGUUUUAUUUUUAAAUAAAACAUAAAGCAAAUUUAAGAAACAGAAAUAAAAAAAAUUACUAGUUAUUAAUCAUAUUAAUAUUAUAUUAUUAAUAUGAGAAACUAUUAGUAAUAGAAACAUGGAAAUAUUAAGUAAUAAGUGUACUGAAAAUAAGAUUACAAUCAAUAAAUCUUAAAAGGAGACGUCUACCACAGCAACCAAACGAAAAUAAAUGAUUCGAUUAACCUGAAUUUUUGUUUUGACGCAAGAGUUAUAUAUACCUUGCCCAAUCCACUCCGAUUGGAAUUGACUAAGCGGGUAUUUUUUCCACAUUCAUAGGAGUUCGUCUAUGUUUCUGCUUUACGAAUAUGAUAUUUUCUGGGCAUUUUUAAUAAUAUCAAGUGCUAUUCCUGUUUUGGCAUUUCUAAUUUCCGGGGUUUUAUCUCCAAUUACGAAGGGGCCGGAGAAACUUUCUAGUUAUGAAUCAGGUAUAGAACCGAUCGGGGAUGCUUGGUUACAAUUUAGAAUCCGUUAUUAUAUGUUUGCUCUAGUUUUUGUUGUUUUUGAUGUUGAAACCGUUUUUCUGUAUCCGUGGGCAAUGAGUUUCGAUGUACUAGGGGUAUCCGCUUUUAUAGAAGCUUUCAUUUUCGUGCUUAUCCUAAUUCUUGGUUUAGUUUAUGCAUGGCGAAAAGGAGCGUUGGAAUGGUCUUAGUUCGUUUCCUGAAUACUUGUACAAUAACAAUCAAAAAAAAGUAAAAAAAAACCAUUGAAACAAUUAUGAAUUCCAUUAAGUUUCCCGUACUUGAUCGAACAACAAAAAACUCAGUUAUUUCAACUACGUUAAAUGAUCUUUCAAAUUGGUCAAGACUUUCCAGCCUAUGGCCGCUUCUUUAUGGUACCAGUUGUUGUUUUAUUGAAUUUGCCUCAUUAAUAGGCUCCCGAUUUGACUUUGAUCGUUAUGGGCUAGUACCAAGAUCAAGUCCUAGACAGGCGGACCUUAUUUUAACAGCAGGUACAGUAACAAUGAAAAUGGCUCCUUCUUUAGUGAGAUUAUAUGAACAAAUGCCUGAACCAAAGUAUGUUAUUGCUAUGGGAGCGUGUACAAUUACAGGGGGGAUGUUCAGUACCGAUUCUUAUAGUACUGUUCGAGGGGUUGAUAAGCUAAUUCCUGUAGAUGUCUAUUUGCCGGGUUGUCCACCUAAACCAGAGGCUGUUAUAGACGCUAUAACAAAGCUUCGUAAGAAAAUAGCUAGAGAAAUCUAUAAGGAUCGAAUUAGACCUCAACGGGGUAAUCGGUGUUUUACUACCAAUCACAAGUUUUUUGUUGUACGCAGUACACAGACUGGAAAUUAUGAUCAAGAAUUACUCUAUCCACCAUCAUCUACUUCAGAGAUCUCUACUGAAACAUUUUUUAAAUACAAAAGCCCAGUAUCUUCCCACGAAUUAGUGAAUUAGGGAGGAUUUGAGAGAAUAAGAAAAAAAUCUUCAUAAAUUAGAACUCAUGGUAAAUGUGAAAUACUUAAAUUUAUAUAAAAAAGGUGUGGGGGAAAUAAAAAAGAUGCAGGGCACUUUGUCCGUUUGGCUAGCCAAACGCGGGCUGGUUCAUAGAUCGUUGGGCUUCGAUUACCAAGGAAUAGAGACUUUACAAAUAAAGCCCGAAGAUUGGCAUUCUAUUGCUGUAAUUUUAUAUGUAUAUGGUUACAAUUAUUUACGUUCCCAAUGUGCCUAUGAUGUGGCACCAGGUGGCCUCUUAGCCAGUGUGUAUCAUCUUACGAGAAUAGAAUAUGGUGUCAAUCAAGCGGAAGAAGUUUGCAUAAAAGUAUUUACUCACAGGAGUAAUCCCAGAAUUCCAUCUGUUUUCUGGGUUUGGAAAAGUACGGAUUUUCAAGAACGGGAAUCUUAUGAUAUGUUAGGAAUCACUUAUGAUAGCCAUCCGCGGCUGAAACGGAUCUUAAUGCCCGAAAGUUGGAUAGGGUGGCCUUUACGUAAGGAUUAUAUUGCCCCCAAUUUUUAUGAAAUACAAGAUGCUUAUUGAAUGAUAAAAAAUUUGAAUGAUAAAAAUGAGUCUUAGUUUCUACAACUACGGACCUUCGCGGAAUAUUUCGAAUUCGAGUCGUUUUUAGAUCAAA